GUCGGUACUACUGGCGCUGCAUCCCGGAAUUUUCCAAAGGAAGGACGCCGGGUUACCGACGGCGGCCGUUGGCAGGGCUGUAUGCUGCUGUAGAGACGUUAGCAGCAACUUCCGUCCGUUCUUUUAAUGACAGCAGACAGGCUGCUCUGCUCGGCUGCUCUGGUCUAAAGCACCACGGUCAAGAUGGACGGAAGCUGUUCGUGACUUCCGGUUGAAGCUUUCAAAAUAAAUUUUCAGACGGAGGUCGUUAUGAAGCUGGUGGUCCUCGUGCUCCUCCUCCAAGUGUCCGGGUCUGCAGACAGCAGGUGCUUCUGUCAGGUCACAGGAGAUCUGGAUGACUGUACUUGUGAUGUGGAGACCAUCGAUGGCUUUAACAACAACCAGCUUUUUCCCAAACUUAAAACUCUUCUGGAGUCGGACUAUUUCAGGUUCUACAAGGUGAACCUGAAUAAGGCGUGUCCCUUCUGGACGGUCACCAGUCACUGUGGUCUGAAGGACUGCGCUGUGAAGCCCUGCUCUCCUAACGAAGUGCCAGAGGGGAUCAGAUCCCACAACAAGUAUUCAGCAGAUGUAUACGAGCAGCCCGUUGAGUGUGAGCAGGGGGAGAGUCUCGGCGCUGUAGAUGUUUCUUUAAGUGAGAAGACCCGAGAGGCUCUGCUCAACUGGAGCAAACACGACAACGAGGCAGAACACUUCUGCGUGGUUGACGACGAGAAGUCACCGGACUCCCAGUAUGUGGACCUGCUGCUCAACCCGGAGCGCUUCACAGGCUACAGAGGACCAGAGGCCUGGCAAAUCUGGAACAGCAUCUAUGAGGAGAACUGCUUCAAACCGUAUACCAUCAAGCGACCAGUAAUUCCCAACCUGUUCCACAGCAGCCCAGGAAGUGAAGCAAAGAUCUUCUACAGCUGGCUGAAAGGUGAGUGUGUAGAGAAGAGGGCUUUCUACCGGCUCAUCUCUGGCCUCCAUUCCAGCAUCAACAUACACCUGAGCGCUAGAUACCUCUUGGAUGACAGCUGGUUUCAGAAGAAGUGGGGUCACAACGUAUCCGAGUUCAGACAGCGUUUUGAUUCGGAGCUGACUGCGGGAGAGGGGCCCAAGAGGCUCCGCAACCUCUACUUCCUGUUCCUGAUCGAGCUGCGAGCGCUGGCCAAAGCUCUGCCCUUCUUCCAGCAGCCGUCCUUCCGGCUGUACACCGGCAGGCCGGAGGAGGACCGGAGACAAAAAGAGUUGCUGCUGCACAUCCUGCAGCUGGCCCGAUCUUUCCCUCUGCACUUUAAUGAGACGUCUCUGUUUGCUGGGGAUGAAAAGGAAGCAGCCAAGCUGAAGGAGGACAUCAGACUGGCCUUCUUCAACAUCUCCAGGAUCAUGGACUGUGUGGGCUGCUUCAAGUGUCGACUGUGGGGGAAACUGCAGACUCAGGGAUUAGGAACAUCACUAAAGAUUUUGUUUUCAGAGCGGCAGAUUGAGGCUCUGCCCACGUCCAGCGUCCAGCGACCCAGUUUCCAGCUCAGCCGACAGGAGAUUGUCUCCCUGCUCAACGCCUUUGGAAGGAUUUCCACAAGCAUCAGAGAGCUGAAGAACUUCAGGUCGCUGUUAGCAGAGGAGCGGUGACGCUGUGAAGAUCAUCUCUUCUGCCUCAAUCAUGUGGAAAUGUUAUCGCAGUUUAACAUGAAGAAAGAUCCGCUUUCAUUAGCGGCUGUGCUGGAAUUCAGAUAUUUUACUUAAGUAAACAUAGAAAUACUACAGUGUAGAAAUACUCUGUUACAAGUGAAAGUACAAAAUGAUUUGCAUUCAAACUUAAAGUCCACCACUGCUGAGUGGCAACUCUGAAUUAAUUUUUCUGGAAAGAAUUAAGAGAAUGAAACUGAAAUACGAAGUUUUGACACGUUACACUUCCUGUAACAUUUGACAUUUUAUUAUUAUAUUAUGUGGUUUAAUGUAUUUUGUUGAGUGAAACUGUAAUAAUUCUAGUUAUCAGGAGAGACUAAAAGUAUAAUGUAAUAGUUUUUAUAUGAAAAUGAGCAAUAUUACAGUUCAGUUGCAGUGUUUUUGUGAUUACGCUGGUGUCCUGUGGAUGGCGCUGUUUGUAAAGCAACUAAUUUUGUUGAAAAAUACAAGAUCUAAUUAAUUGGGAAAGUCUCAAUUAAUGUAAACAAGAAACAUAUGACGUGUGUGAAGAACUGUAAAGGAAUUAAAAAAUAUGUUUUUU